AUGGUUGCUGGGCUGUCAUCUGCGGGCCUUGGCAUUUGGCGAUUUACGCGAGGCGCGUCUCCGCGAUCCCACUUCACUGUCGAGAAGCACGCAGAAGCCGAGCACCGCCCACGAAAUUCUGAAUCGCGUGCCGAUCAAGCUGCUGGAGCGGCAAGUCCAGCAGCAAUGGAUAUAGACUACAAUGACAGCAACCGCGCUUUUCUGCAGGCCUUCAUGGCGCGCUCAUCCAUGACCUUCGAAGAGGCUCGGCCUAUUGUGGCAGCCAUUUCCUCAGUUCGGGAGGGCCAGACAAUCAACCCAGAAGAUGUUACUACCGAGGACCUGGCCUCGUAUAUUUCCAUCGCCAACUCCGCCAUAUCGCCCUUUGAUUUGGAAAUCCGCAGCACACUGCGCCAGAAGCCCCAACCAGCCCAACAAGACCCGGCGAGUACCCCGCCGGAGCGGGUGUAUGCGCUCGUUAACACGACGAGUGACCCGGUGACGCAGCUCGCGACGACCUACACCGCCGACGAGAUUGCCUUCGUGAAGCGCGUGCUCGACUACAUGUUCGACACGAAUAAUACAUGGCGUUGUGAAGCGAUGGUCAUCUCGGUCAUGCAAGCCAUCCAGCUGGCAAAGGUUUCUGCUGGAGAUGGCAGUCGUCGACGAUCUACGAAUAUUGAAACGCAGCAGGGCCAGGGUGGUUCCACGCAGUCCCUGAGCAUGACACAGGCGGAAGGCAUGGUCAAGCGUCUUAUUGACGAAGGCUGGUUGGAAAAGAGCAGGAAGAUGUACUUGAGUCUGACACCGCGGGCCCUGAUGGAGCUACGGGGCUGGUUGGUCUCGGAGUACAAUGAAGUCAUUGAUGGCCGAAAGAUGGAGCGGAUCAAGUUUUGCUCCGCGUGCAAAGAUAUCAUCGUUGUGGGCCAACGCUGUGAAGAUCGGCAUUGCAGAGGCAGACUCCAUGACCACUGCGUGCGGAAUUUCUUUCGCAUGCAGCAAGCAGACCGAUGCCCCAUGUGCAAGACACACUGGCCCGGAGACACGUUCGUGGGUGAGAGAGCCAUCACUUCGGCGCGAAGACGGAGUACCAAUGCCCAGCGAGAGCCCGAGAUCCCGCCGAGUGCGUCCCAUCGUCACGAAGACAUUCCCGAAGAUGACGAGGAUGAAGGAUGA